AUGUACGCAAGCAUGAAGACACACCCAGACGGGAAGCAGGUGGUCUACGAGACGGAGCUGGAGGCGGUGCAUAUCGCGGCUGGUCUCGGCCACAUCCCGGCUUUGGAGGCCCUUCUCACUGCAUCUGAAGAUGACGCUGAAGACCUCGUUAGCAGAUCUGCGACGGUGAACGUUCGUGGCAAUCGCCACCGGCACGAUUUUUAUCAGCCCAUCCACGAUGCAGCUUAUCUUGGGCAGAAAGAUGCCGUCUUGUGGCUGCUUGACCAUAAGGCAGAGGCGGAUGCCGCCAACAAGGACGGCAACACUCCCCUGCACUUCAUCGCCCUGGUCGGAGGACGCGAUGGCUUGAUGAACGAGGAGGUGGAGGAGGUUGUUUCGGAGCUCUUGAACCGAAAGGCGAACCUCGAUGCGCGAUCCUACGGCGCGCAGGACCCCAACCCUUGCGAUAAGUUCUUGCAAGAGAAGCUCCCGCUUGAGAUCGCGGCCGAGACACAGUAUCCAAAGGAACUGCUGUACCUCAUGGCUGCUUCUUAUCAGUCCACAGACCUGGACACACCGCGCGCAUUUUCCGAUAUUCUCCUGCUAUCCCGUUGUAACCUCAAGGUGGCUGAGGAUUUCACCCGAGACCUCGUGGAACGCGCGAGAGCCGACCAGGGGCUCAUGGACAUGCUGGUCAAGGAAGCCCAGCUCAGUGGUGGAGUUGACAAGAUCGCAGCUCUGCUUUACGUGGUCCCCUUCGCUGGGGCCGAGAUCCUGGACGCACUUUGCGUCAAGCCCAUCAUCCAAGAUGCUGCGCGGCAUCCACUCCCGGCGCGUACUUGGCUACAAUCUGGUCCUUUGCGCUGCGCGUACCAAGAUGGUACAGCCAAAGUGCGAGGAUUGACGUGGCCACGUUGGGAGUUCAAUGCCGAAGUGGAUGCGGCACACCAGAAGCAGCUGGCUUGGCACAAGAAGUUCAUUCCGAAGAUCGUAGGUGAUAUCCGACAAGACAACGUUUACGACGUGGACGUGAAGGCACUGCUGUUGCCCAACGUGCUCGAUGUAGACAUCUUGAUGGCGUUGACCCGGACUUGGGAAACUCAUGGCCACAUCUUUUCGAAGCUGCCAAUCCAGGGGGUGAUCUACUGCCUUUGGGACCA